AUGCCUGACGAUAUCGAGUUUUCGUCUUUCAACGAGAAUGACUGGAAAGCCCAAGAUGCCGCUGACGAACGUGAGAUUGCGCGGCUUCUAGAUCAAGGCCAAAAUGGCACCAGCGGUGGACUGAAGAUAGACGAUACGCCCUUCGAUCAAACCAAUAAAGCAGAUGACGCAGAAGAUUUUGAGGAUAUCAGCGACGACGACCUUCCCGACGAAGAAGAACCCAGCGCAGGCACCUCGCUCGAGGUACCUGGGUUGACAGACGAUGGAAACACAAGCAACGACGCAGAUGACCUCUUUGGAGAAGGCCCUUCUUCUCCCAUCGACCCCAUUGAUGGCCCAGCUUCACCCGCUCCCCACGUCCGUGACGCCGAGGCAGCCGAUGAUUCGCAGGCCAUCAGCUCAGGCAUCAGUUUCGGAGCUAUCAACUUCGACCCUGAUCCCCAUGUCAAUGGCGCGGCUAACCAGGAUCCCGACAUUCCUGCUCCUGCUGAGUCGAUUGGGGACCUUCUCAAGGCGACGUGGCCAGCGUACAAAAAGGGUCAUAUUCUUACCUGGAGUGAGCUUUUGCCGGCGAAGAAAGCGACAUGGAAGGAGAAGAGACCGCUAAAGAAACCGAAAUAUCUUGUAACGAGCAAGCUGAGCCUCGACUUGGCUCCUGAUGAUGAAAAGCUAUUUCGCAUUCCUGGACCAGCAAGUUCAGCUACAAAGGCAAAAUCGCAUGAACUGGCGGUUAAUGGUCUUGUUCACUGCAGUCUUGUGAGCGAUAGCCGCGAGGAAGAUGCUGCGCAAUUUGACAUCGACCCUGACUCCGACGCUGAAACUGUCAUGGGCUUCACAUUGCGUGACAUUGAACUAGCAUGCGAAGAUUGGAACGUCCAUAUUGACAGCGUUGAGAAGAACUUUGCGGCCCAACAGCUGGCUGCAGAGCAGGCAACCCUAUCACAGAAACGUCACAUUGAGGAAGCCGAGCAAGAUGAUGAAUGGGACGCUGAAUUUUUGAUGGAUAUUGCAGACGAUCCCCAACCACAUCAGAAGAAGCGCAAAGCAAUCAAGCUCGGUUUGCCAGAGAUUCCCCGCUACACUGCACCUUCAUUCGAUAAUUUUGAAGAUGCCACUCGACGAGGCGCUAAGCGCGUUCAUUUGGAUACCACCGACCCAUAUCUUCUGUUGGAGACUGAGUCAUAUCACCCUAAUAAAAGACCGCGGCAAGAGGCUAAGAUGAAGCGCAUGGCGAACGGCAAUAUGGGCCGGGAUGUCUCUCAACGGUUUAACCUAUCUAAUGAUGAGGCAUAUGAGCUUUUGAAAGAGAACCACCAAAGCAAAGUUCGGGCCACGCUUGGAAACAUUUCUGUUGAACAUGGCAUGCCCGCUCUCAAGCUUUCAUGGCCUUACUACAAGGUCAAACUAGGGGGGACGACGGAUGAAUAUCAUCGUCCCCGCUUCCGUUACAAGAAAAGCGUGGGCCAUACUGUCAGGUUCGAGAAACCUCUACAUUUCAAGCGAAAGCAAAUGAAGGGCAAAGCGCAUGAAAUUUUUCUCAAAUCGAGGGAUCUGAGUCUUUGCGACAAUUCUGCGGCCGUACUAUUCGAAUACUGCGAGCCAAGACCCAGAGUGCUAAACGGCUUUGCCAUGGGUAGCCGGCUCAUCAAUUACUACAGGCGAAAGGAAAACAGCAAUGAGGAGGAUCAACUCACAAAGCUGGAGUUGGGCGAAUAUCGCACGCUUCUUCCUGAAGAUCGGUCGCCAUUCUCCCUUUUUGGCACUGUCGAUCCCGGCGAGGUGGUACCAACACUGCACAAUGAGAUGUAUAGAGCGCCGGUUUUCAAACAUACCCCUCGAAACACGGAUUUUCUCAUUGUUCGCAGUACUACGGGCAUUGGUGGCGCCAAAUGGUACAUACAUAAAAUUGACCAUAUGCAUGUCGUCGGCCAGACAUUUCCAUCGGUCGAUGUCCCUGGACCCCACAGCAGACGAGUAACAAAUGCGUCAAAAAGCCGAAUGAAGAUGCUGGCUUUCAGAAUGAUUAGACACAGUCGAUCGGACAACUGUCAGCUAUCCGAUAUUACUAAGCAUAUUGCGGAAUCUACAGACACUCAAAAUCGACAGAAGCUGAAGGAAUUCCUUCAAUAUGAUAGAGACAGUAAAGAGAAAGGAAUGUGGCGCCUCAAGCCUGGAGAGAUACUCCCAGACGAAAAUGCGAUUCGUGCAAUGAUCAAACCUGAGGAAGUCUGCCUUCUUGAUGCUAUGCAGCUCGGCAUCAAGGAGCUUGAGGAUGCCGGCUACGAUCCUCGCAAUGCUACCAUUGAUGAUGAGGCGCAAGGCGUUGAAGUCGAUGACGACGAGGAUGAUGACGGUGAAGGAAGCAAAAUCGUCAAAGGAGCCAAAAAGAUUGCGGAAAAACAAGAAGAGACACUCGCCGAUAAAAUGGCACCGUGGAAGACGACCAAGGCGUUUAUAGACGCAUGUGCCCAAAAAGCUAUGCUUCAGUUACACGGUGAAGGAGACCCUACCGGUCACGGGCUUGGUUUCAGCUUCAUACGAACAUCUAUGAAGGGUGGAUAUAUAGAAGCUGUUCAAGGGCCACUAGCCACCUCGGCAGACGCAAUGGAACGCGAGAAACGUGCAAAUGGCGGGCAUGCUUACAACGUCAAGAAACAACAGGCAAUGUACGAAGAAGGUAUUCGAGAGAUUUGGGACAAACAGAAAGCAACCCUUUCAGAUCCCCAGGAACACGACGUCAACGAUAUCGCGACGACAGAAGACGAAGACGAUCGAUUCAACGUCCAAUCAGUAGCCACGCCGGCGAUAUUCGACGAAGGAACCAGUCAGAUCAGCGGUUUAACCUCGUCUAGCCGUCAUCCGAAACGAACGAUUCGAAUCACGAGAGAAGUAGAGCUCCCAGACGGCACGACGCAAAUGAGAACAGAGAUUGUGCACGACCCAGUAGUCAUCUCACAGUAUAUCAAGCGGCGAACCGAGGCUGACUUGGAAAUGCGAGAUAUCUACAGCGCCAGGCCUACGGGCAAUGCCGACCAUGACCGUCUUGCAGGCCUUAGGAUCAAAAAGGAACUCGAGCGGUUGGAGAAGAACAAAGCCCGGCGACAGGCCCGAGAACAGCAAAAGGAACUGCACCAGAAAGCAAGCACCGGCGAUGCAGGGUCUCCUGGAGCCGAUAAGAUCCCUACAGGGACUACCCGCAAAUGUGCCAAUUGUGGACAGGUUGGACACAUCAAGACAAACAAAAAAUUAUGUCCUCUGCUCAACGGUACGAUGAAAGCAGACAACGGCGCAUCCGAACACGGUGGUUUUGGUAAUUACAAUGCCCCCGCGGGAGGUGCGGGAUCGCCGAUUUGA